UGUCAAAAUUGAAUAAACCGUCCGAAAAAUAGCUGUACGAAAAUUAUGAUAAUUUUUGCACACUUCUCAGUAGUUAAGACGACCCAAUUUUUCUUUUGUUGAGGUGCAUUUAGUGAAUCAACCAGAAAAUUCAUAUUUCAGGCAAUGCCUUCUAACCAGAAUAUUUUGGCCAUAGGAGGAUGCACUAGCAUGCUAUGCUUAGCUGGAAGGCAUUUUAAGAUAAGUAGGAGCUAUAUUAGCUUCCUUAGCAGGAUUGUUUUAUUCGAGUAUCGUAAAAUUCAUACUAGUUUAGGAAUUGAAGAAAAUUAAGAAUUUUCUAACCUGCCUCUCCUUCCUUCACCAAAGGGUUAUAAGCAACCUUAGCUCUUUUAUUAUGACAGAGAGAUGAUAAACUACAAGCUAGACCAUUCUGAGCUCUUUAAGGGGAUAACAAUAACUUUCUGACCUUACAGAUUAGGUACCGAGAAUCUCGACAGAAAAUUCGUGAUUUCACCGUUCAUAGCCAGUGAUCUUUAAACAAAAAAGAAAGGUUAAAUGACCACCGAUGAGUCAUAAGAUGAAAGAUAGGGUGAUAUAUCUGUAAGAGCCCUGCCAAAAACUCUUAAUAGCUCAACCCCUGAGGGUGUGCCACCGCUAAGAAAUUUCUGAACGGAAAAUUUUCCAAUCUUUUCUUCCAACCUGACAACUAAUUUCCCAAACCUUGCCUCAAUAUGGGAAGUCAUUUCUCUUUCACAGUGGUUUCAGCCCCAAAUGGAAGAAUACCAAGAAUAAAAUGGAAGAAAUUUUCUCUUUUCUUGUUCAGAAUU